AACCGGAAGUGACGCAUGACAGAGGCAAAUUCAAAAAAUCUCUCUGGCGUUUGGGGUUGGACGGAAAAUGUUUGGAUAGUUAAUGUCACGUUAUAUAUAUUUAUAAAGCUUCUGCGUUUAUUUUUAUCCAGAAAAUUACGUUAUUAAGGAUUUAAAUUCAGGAUAUUAACAGGUAAAAAGUGAGAACAUGCCUGUGGACGAUGCCUCGGAGCUCCUCAAAUACUAUGAGGUUUAUGAAACCAUUGGAUCAGGUGGUUUCGCCAAAGUCAAACUCGGCAGACACAAACUGACAGGCGAGAAAGUUGCCAUCAAAAUCAUGGAGAAAAAAGUUCUCGGGGAUGACCUGCCUCGUGUGAAGACGGAGAUCGAAGCGAUGAAGAACCUCAGUCAUCAGCAUGUGUGUCGCCUUUACCAAGUCAUUGAGACACCCAGCAAGAUAUACAUGGUGCUUGAGUACUGUCCUGGAGGAGAGCUGUUUGAUUACAUCGUAGCGAAAGACCGUCUCUCGGAGGAGGAGACUCGCGUGUUCUUCCGUCAGAUUGUUUCAGCUCUGGCCUACGUCCACAGUCAGGGCUUCGCCCACCGUGACCUCAAACCUGAAAAUCUGCUGAUUGAUGAGGAUCACAAUAUGAAGCUGAUCGACUUUGGGCUCUGUGCCAAACCGAAGGGUGGUCUGAGUUAUGAACUUAUGACAUGCUGUGGAAGCCCCGCCUACGCGGCCCCAGAACUUAUCCAGGGCAAAUCGUACAUCGGUUCUGAGGUGAGUGUGUGGCGUAUGGGUGUGCUGCUGUACGCUCUGCUCUGUGGCUUCCUCCCGUUUGACGAUGAUAACUGUAUGGUGCUGUACAGAAAAAUCACAAAAGGCCUUUAUGAAAACCCUAACUGGCUGUCUACUGGAAGUAUACUACUCCUUAACCAGAUGAUGCAGGUGGAGCCAAAGAGGCGUUUAACAGUCAGGCAACUGCUGGCGCACCCCUGGGUGAUUAAGGGAUACAGCAGCCCUGUGGAGUGGCAUAGCACUCGUCCGCUGGGACAUAUCGAUGAAGACUGCAUCACAGAGAUGGCUGUGACCUUCAAACGGUCCAAACAGAGCACCAUCAGUCUGGUAUCAGAGUGGAAAUAUGACCAGACCACCGCUACGUAUCUGUUACUGCUGGCUAAGAAGCAGCGUGGGCGACCGGUGCGUCUCAGAGCCGACAUGAGCGCACGUGAGCCCACUUGUUCCCCUGCACAAGACAUACAGUUGAAAAAGACCCUGAAUUUUAGUGAGGAUGACGAUGACUAUGACGAGGAAGAUGAUGACGAUGUUGAAGAUGAAGGCACACAAAGAGCUGCGCUGGGCUCCAUGGUUUUCCCGGCUGAGUGUUACGACGACGACAAUGCCUGGCUCCCACUGACGCCGAGGAACAUACAGAACACACACACACCACACAGGCCUGCCUGUCAAUCAUCCGAGAAGAGGCGGGGUGAAAUAGGACAGUCUCCCAUCAUACACCAAGCAAAGCCAUGCCCACGUAAAGGUGAGAAGCGUGAACGGACCAAAGAGAAUAAAGAGAACUUUGAGGUGCACAGCGCAGACGAUGGGGUUUUCGCUCUGCCCGCCCCUGUCACUCCAGCGUCCAAUCGGAAAAGCCGUCCCAACAAAACGAAGCCGUCGACGCCUGUGAAUAUCAACGUUAUUAACAACAAAGAAGUCGUGGGUCGGAGGGCCGGAGAACAGCAGCCAGGGGGAAAGGAGAUCCUCGUCUUCAGCCCAGAGAGAAGGUCUCGCUCUUUGGACAUGGCGGGAUGUCAGGUGGACAGCGGACAGAAGCGGAAGGCGGGGAAAGUAUUUGGCAGUUUGGAGCGAGGCCUGGACAAAGUGAUCACUAUGCUCACUCCGAACAAGAGGAAGGGGCCGAGGGACGGGCCGCGAAGGAUAAAGGCGCAGUACAAUGUGACUUUGACCAGCCAGAAUAAUGCAGAUCAGGUACUGAAUCAAAUCCUGCGAGUUUUACCAGAGAAGAACGUGGACUACGUGCAGAAAGGUUACACUCUGAAGUGUCGCACAAAGUCGGACUUCGGUAAGGUGACCAUGCAGUUCGAGUUGGAGGUGUGUUUAUUACAGAAGCCUGAGGUGGUAGGAAUCCGACGUCAGAGGCUCAAAGGAGACGCCUGGGUCUACAAACACCUGGUGGAAGACAUCCUGUCCACCUCCCGCGUCUGACUGCGCCACGACGUCACUUCCUGUGUCCAGCGAGCGCUGUUGCCGAACAUCACAUGUUUCUCUUCACGUCUUAUUUCAGAUCAUUUCUUUGUGCCUUUCUUCAUUUGUAUAGAUUAAUUAUAAGUCUUCAGUUGAUCAGGAGAUUAAUGAAAUUGGCCAGAAAUGAAUUGCACAUGUUUAUUUCUUUUUUAACCAUGAAGGCAUUGAUUUGCAAACCACAGUUUUCUUGUUAGAAUGUCUUGUCUCGUCCUAUUUGUACCAUGUAUUUUACAUACUUUUACAUACAUGUGUUGUUACAUCAUGUUUUUAUGUCUGGCUACAGUUCAGUUUAAUAUUAAAAUACACAGUAUUGGGGUUUUAGCAGAUUAAAGCAGUUUAUUAAAA